AUGCGUCUUGGUCUGACUCUGGGACUGAAUUAUGACAUCCCCGAAUGUCAAUGCCCCGAUCCUGUAGACCGGCAACAUCGAAUCCGCCUGUGGUGGGCAAUUUAUGUCUUUGACCGGAUGUAUGGGUCCAAGGUGGGCUGGCCUAUUCAGAUUGCCGAUGACGAUAUCCACGUUGAGAUGCCCUCUACUGUUCCGGGCGAUGUCCAUGACGAGCAAUUCUCCGAUACUCCGUUCUUGGUCGCUUCAAUUGAUCUGGCCCGUAUCACAGGACAGGUGAUUGAGAAAGUGUACAGUCGCAAGAAACAACCCGAUUCCUUUUUGCAGCGAGAGCAAAAGCUGCUUAUCUCACUUAAGCAAUGGGCGCAGGCGCUCCCCCCGCAUGUUCGGUUAAAUCGUGAUGGGGCUGGUCCCAAGAAUGUAGUCUCGCUGCAUUUACAAUUCAAUCAGACGCACGUCCAGACUCUCAAAACGCUGAGCGACGCAUGCAUCCACGCUGCAAGACACAACCACUCGCUGAUCGUGGGGGAAUGGACCAACGGCUCUCUCCCAAUCAUGGGGUAUUUCUACGCACAUUACCUCUUCUCCGCGGCCCUAAUCAUGGUCCUCUCCAGCCAAAUCCAACCCGAGACGCACAACGACUACGCAUUAUUCGAAACGGCAUUCGAAAUUCUCCGCGCCAUGCGCGACCACGGCAACCUCGCCGCGACCGAAUUCUACGAUAACCUGCAAUGUGUCCAACAAUGUCUCGACCAGCAUCAGCCCUGUAACCCACAUCCGAGCGCCAAACGGGGCUCAACCGCACGACACUCGCUCGCGGGCGAGUCACAUCGCGUGCCGGAUCAGCACCCAACCGAUACGCUGCCUGUGCUCCCUGAGGCUGCCCGACGAGCGAGUGAAGUGGGUCUCUCUGGAGGAGGAUCGGCGCUGGCUGACACGAGCGGUAGUAGUGCGCUGGGAGGGUUUGGUAAUGAGAUGGUGUUUUUGGAUGAGAGUAUGGAAGAGUUCCUGGCGCAGCCGGACGUUGAUUUUGGGCCGUUGGAUCCGUCGGGAGUGCCGAUCAGCGUGGCGGAUGCGAUGUACUCGUGGCCGAAUUUCUCACUGUGGACGGCAUGA